GGAGGAUCACUUGAGCCCAGGAGUUUGAAACCAGCCUUGGCAUUAUUGUGAGACUCCAUUUCCACACGCAUACACACACACACACACACACACACACACACAAACUGGGUUUGGUAGUGUGCAUCUGUGGUUUUUGCUACUCAGGAGGCUGAGGCUGAAGUGGGAGGAUUGCUUGAGUCUGGGAGGUCAAAGCUGCAGUUAUGCCACUAUACUCCAACCUGGGUGACAGAGUGAGAUUGUCUCAAAAAAGAAAAAAAGAAUGGUCCACAAGCCACGGUAAAGAACCAAGUGUAUAAAAAUUUAGCAUGAGAGAAUUCUACUGUGAUUCACACAGAAAUUCAUACAUAUGUUCCUGCCAUCUAGAGAAACCUGUGUAGCUGGGCUACUGGAACAGAGCCACUGGCCUGCCCUGCUGUUCUUUGAUGAUGAACCAAAUGAUGAUGUGCUGUGGGCUCUGGAAGAAAGUGACUGACAGCAGAGUUGGGCAGGCAUUUCAGAAAAUCAUUCUGGCACCCUUGGAACUUUUAUGGAGUUUUCUGCAGCAACAGCUCUGUCUGGUACAUCAGUUGACAACUCAGGUCUCCUUGGGUCUUGCUUGUCAGGCUUUGGCAUUUAAAUGGAAAGAAAAAGAAUAAGCAUUAAGGAAAGCGAGAGCACAGCAGAAUCAAUUUCAUAGUCUCUCAUAGUUUCUGCCAUGGGAGAAAAAUGGGCAUUAUACUGCUCACAGGCAGAAUAAAGACUCACUGGAAGCAUUGCUAAGCUGCCUCCUCCAGAAGAUGUCAGCGGGGCAGUUGUGUCAGUUGGUGUUCCCUGAACCCUGAGCCCAGCUUUGGGGUACUCUUUGCUUCCCACCCAUGAAGUGAAAGUGAGCAGACUCUCAACCUUCUGCUUUCUUCCUCCAAAAUAAUAUCUGGCACCAAUUCUGACCCAGUCAUUUGUGAUCCCUGGCUCUUGUGAUAUGCGGAAGAUUUCCAGGCAGUUUUUGUGGAACACCUCCCUGUCCAGCUCUAAUCAAGCACCAUAUAAACAAGAAAUUGCCUGGUCAAACCUGUGAGGACUGUAUUCUGACUGCCAAAAAGAUCAAUACUGACACCAGAAUGGCAGCUACUCUCAAGUCGUUAAAACUUUUAAGAUACCGAGCACUUUGCAGUCCUUCUGCCUGUGGUGCAGCCCGAAGUGUAUCAUACUGGAAUGUGAGCAGCAAACAGCAUGGGGGACAGGACCCUCCAGAACACAUUAGCCUCUGCCAUUCUGCCAAAAAAGUUAAGAACAUUUGUAGCACCUUCUCUUCUCGGAGGAUCCUCACAACCAGCAGUGCCUGCCCAGGUUUGGAAUUCAGCAAGACUUCUUCCUCUAAGGCCAGCACUUUGCAGCUGGACUCACCCAGGGACACAAGAGUUGAUGAAGAGGAUGUAGAAGUUUUUGAUUCCUUUGCAAACAUCCGAGUUUUCCUACAGCUAAGACCAGAAUACCGUGUUCACAGCUAUAACGCAUCUGAGACUUCUCAGCUCCUGUCUGUUUCAGAAAGUAAACUAAUUUUGCACAAAGUCACAGUUUAUCAGAAUAAACUGCAGGCCCAAGUCAUUGUUGAUUAUUUGUGUAAGCUGAGCUCUUUGCCUGCAGAGCAGCAUCCUGUCUUGCUGCGCAGUACCAGCUUUGCUCUGCUCUGCCAGCUGAGUGUGAAGAAGAUACAGCUCUUUGAUACCCAAGAUCUGAUCAAUGUUUUGAAAGCUUUUGUCAUUUUAGGAAUCCCUCACUCCCAUUCAAUGCUAGAUGUGUAUGAGACCAAAUGUUGCCAUCAAGUAUGGGAGAUGAGUAUGGAUCAGCUCCUUUUGGUGGCUGAUCUCUGGAGGUACUUAGGCCGCAAAGUACCUCGGUUUUUAAACAUUUUUUCUAGUUAUCUUAAUUUGCACUGGAAAGAUCUAUCCUUGUCUCAGCUUGUUCACUUAAUUUAUGUUAUAGGUGAAAAUCGUCAGGUAUCCCAGGACCUAAUGCAAAAAUUGGAAUCAUUGAUCCUUAAAUAUAUAGAUUUGAUCAAUUUAGAGGAGGUUGGUACCAUCUGUUUGGGGUUCUUUAAAUCAAAGACUAGUCUCUCUGAAUUUGUCAUGCGGAAAAUUGGAGACUUGGCUUGUGCUAACAUGCAGCAUCUGAGUAGUCACACCUUAGUGAAUAUUGUUAAAAUGUUCCGUUUCACUCAUGUGGAUCACAUCAAUUUCAUGAAGCAGCUUGGAGAGAUUGCUCCUCAGCGAAUUCCUUCACUGGGAGUUCAAGGCGUCACACACCUGACUCUCUGCUGCUCGGCCUUACGCUUCCUGGAUGAAGGAGUAAUGAAUGCAGUGGCUGCGUCUUUGCCUCCUAGAGUGGCACACUGUCGAACUAAAGAUGUUGCCAAGAUUCUGUGGUCAUUUGGAACUCUGAAUUAUAAGCCACCCAAUGCAGAAGAAUUUUACUCCAGCCUGAUAAAUGAGAUUCACAGAAAGAUGCCUGAAUUCAACCAGUACCCAGAACACCUGCCCACCUGCCUGCUGGGCCUGGCAUUUUCAGAGUACUUCCCAGUAGAGUUAAUUGAUUUUGCUCUCAGUCCAGGGUUUGUCAGGUUAGCUCAGGAGAGAACCAAGUUUAACCUCAUUAAGGAACUGUAUACCCUCGACGGUACAGUUGGCAUUGAGUGUCCAGAUUACAGAGGCAAUCGUCUUAGUACUCACCUUCAGCAAGAGGGGUCUGAAUUUCUGUGGAAUUUAGCAGAGAAGGAUAUGAACUCAAAGCCUGAAUUCUUAGAAACUCUCUGUUUACUUGAGACCAUGUUGGGGGGGCCCCAGUACGUCAAGCACCAUAUGAUUUUGCCUCAUACCCGAUCUUCUGACUUAGAGGUCCAGCUUGAUGUUAACCUGAAGCCAUUACCAUUUAAUAGAGAAGCCACACCAGCUGAAAAUGUAGCCACAUUAAGGCUUAAGCAUGUGGGAGUCAGCCUUACAGAUGAUUUGAUGAAUCAGUUACUAAAAGGGAAAGCAAGAGGACAUUUCCAGGGCAAAACUGAGUCAGAGCCUGGGCAGCAGCCCAUGGAGUUAGAGAAUAAGGCAGCUGUACCUUUGGGGGGCUUCCUUUGCAAUGUAGCAGAUAAAUCAGGGGCCAUGGAGAUGGCUGGCCUGUGCCCCUCAGCCUGCAUGCAGACCCCAGGAAUGAAGCUGGCUAUUCAGUUCACAAACAGGAACCAAUAUUGCUAUGGCUCCAGGGAUCUCCUUGGACUGCACAGUAUGAAGAGGCGGCAGCUGGCUCGGCUUGGCUACCGUGUGGUAGAGUUAUCCUACUGGGAAUGGUUCCCACUACUGAAACGAACUCGCUUAGAAAAGUUGGCAUUUCUUCAUGAGAAAGUAUUCACCUCUGCUCUCUGAAGGGCAUUUAGGGGCAUUUCUAUGACAAAGCUGUAGGUGUAUACUUUACCAGGUGUUGCAAAAUGAUUAUAAAAGCCAGAAUGUAAGUUUGGCAAUAAAAUAGUCUAUUGAGGAGACUUAGUUGUGUCCAAGGCAGAUUAGAGCUAGUGUAUGUUACUGUGAAUUGUAAUGUAGUUGGAUUGUACAAAUUGCUGCAAAUGUAUACAUAUUACUCUUAGUAAAUAAUAAACAUCUUAAUAUGUCCUACGGUCAA